AUGGGUAGAAGCACCGUCGUCAUCAUUGGCGCCUCACACUCCGGACUUGGAGUUGCAAAUGGCCUUCUGAAAUCCGACGCUGACAAAAUCAAGGUCGUCUUGAUCAAUCCAUCAGAGAAGGUUUACUUCAAUAUUGCAGCUCCUCGCAUCCUUGCCAAACCACAAUUCUUCCAGCCCAAUCAAUACCUCCUCCCAAUCGAGAAGUCAUUCUCGAAGUACCCAAAGGAGUCAUUUGAAUUCAUCAAAGGAAGCGCAAGUCGCAUUGACACCGCGUCAAAAAAGGUCGAAUUAUCGUCACAGCAAUCCUCCAUCUCCUAUGACUAUCUCGUUAUCGCAUCCGGUAGCGCAACCUCAUCCUCAGUCGACGGAGAACUGGCUCCUUUCAAACCGUUGAACGAUCACGACCUCGAAGCGUCCAUCAAAUCGAUCCAAACGGCCAUCUCAAACGCGAAAAGUGUCAUCAUCGGCGGAGCAGGCCCAGUCGGUGUCGAGUUCGCCGGAGAACUUGCAGAAGCAUUCAAAGACAAGAAAGACACCUCAAUCACUCUCAUCUCAGCCUCAAAGCAUGUUCUGUCGAUGCUGAAGGAGAAGGGUAGCCUGGCGGCAGAAAACGUGCUUGCAGAAAAAGGCAUCAAAAUUGUAGCCUCAACCAAGGUUGCGAAUGCCGCACGCAAUACCUCUGGCAACCCAGCUGGGUGGGUUGUUAACCUGGACAACGGUAAACAGCUCCAAGCGGACCUGUAUAUCUCUACGACUGGGACUCUUCCAAACAAUCAGUUCAUCCCCGCGGAAUUUCUCUCAGCAGAUGGAUGGGUCAAGGUCGAUAAGAACCUACGCGUUACCGGUGAUGCAGAAGAUGGCUUUAUUUACGCACUCGGAGAUAUUACCACUCAACCAGUGCGCACUGCGAUCAAGCUUGCGGAUCAGAUCCCAGUCGUUGUUUCCAAUCUCAAGGUUGCAAUUCUUGGCAAGGGGAAGCUUGUUAGCUACGACUCCAGUGGAUCUUUGAUGAUGGUCGUGCCGAUUGGAGAGAGUACCGGAACCGGUCAGAUGUUUGGAUGGAAGCCUUGGGGAAUGAUGGUUUCGAUGAUCAAGGGAAAAGACUUUUUCGUUUCAAAGGCCGCUGGUAUGCUUGGGUUGAGUUAA